AUGGAGCUCCCGGCACAAUCCGCAUCUUCGGAACCCCCCUCGGCUCUUAGGUACAACACUGGCGACGCUGCAGCGCAACUAGUCCAGGGACUGCCGCACCGUCCAUUCACCAGCAGUCAGGGUCUACACAGGACCUUGGACAGCCGGCGCGAAGCCCUUGCACAAGACAAAUCCCGCGAGCAGUACCUGGUUUACACUGCUGUCCCGCCAGAGGUCCACUCCAAUAUAACCGACGAUGGGUCGCGGACAAGCAAGUACUGUCGAUUUUCUUACAACGAGACAACGAGAACUCUGAUAGCAAAAGUGAAGGCCAGUCCUGAAGAGGACCUGGCCGCGCGGUCGUUCGAUGUGCUCAUCGGUCUCGAGCUGCACUCUAUGGGUGUGGAUUGGGAUGUGGACCCCCUUGGGUCGACCACCGUCACCAUCGGGAGCUGGAAAAAGGAAGCGGAUUGCUCCUGGGGUCCUGUACAAUUCAAUACUGAGCUAAACUUCGUAGUCAUAGUAAGUCUAUCAGAAUCUGCUCGGUACCUGGCUCUGGAUGCUCGAGCGUGGUUGGAGACCCCUACCUCGUCAGUCAAACUCGUUGUCACCAUUGGUAUCAACCGGGCGAAUCCCGAGGUCACCAUGCAGUGUUGGGAGAUAUUCACAGGGUCUUUUCCUGCAGCUCGCCCUUCUGCAACCAUCCGGUUAUACCGGAACAAUAACACGACAUCUAUCGCCGGGGGACAACUAGUGCUACCUUUCGACAAAGUCGUGGGCCGUCAACCAACCAGAGCUAUAGAACGAGACAUUGUUAUUUCGGAGCAAAUUCUCCAAAAUUAUGCGAAGUCAAUCUGGAUCAGGCAAGGUUUCCUAUAG